GCGCGAAUCUGGACCUUGAGGCGCAUGCGCAAGUGUAACACAUCCGCAGCAUACCUGGCCACUUUGGCCGUCUCAGAUUUUUUAUUCCUGAUCCUGACAGUCGGUAAUGAGCUACAGUACCCGUGGAUGGUGGGUGCUCUGGACCUGCAGGGUUGGUGUCAAAUCUGGAAUGUUCUGUCCAUGACGUCACAGUACAUUUCUCUGAUGCUGGUCUUCGCCUUCACUGUGGAGCGGUUCAUCUCGGUCUGCCGGCCGUUCUCUUGCGAGAAGUUCUCCAAGAACUCGCGCUCUUCCAAAAUAAUCACCGCCAUCUUGUUCAUCUCCUUCUUGCUGGCCCUCCCCCAGGCUGUCUUCUGGAACGUCAGUCCGGAAAUCGGGGAAUGUUCCGUGCGGACCGUCAACAGCACCACCAUCAACAUGAUGUACGUCUACUGGAACUGGACCUCCGAGCUUGUCAUGUUCGGGGUCGUGCCCAUCGUUGCCUUUAUCCUAAACGCCUGCGUUCUCAAACAGAUCCGCACGGUGGGGAAACUCUACGUCACGUCUGAAACCUUACACCGGCACGUAGGGGCGCGCUGCACCUCCACCACGGCCACGCUGAUGUGGAUUUCCUUUUAUUUGAUAUUCAGCAAACUCCCGGUGACCAUAGUUUUCACAAUGGAGCCUAUCAUCCAGUUCGGGGAGGCUAUGCCUAUCGACGCCAUGUCACGUGACCCCGUCUGGCAGAGAUACAUUUCCUACUUCACGGCGCGCAAGAUCAUCAUAGAACUAGGCAUCUCGCACCACGCCUGUAAUAUCUUCAUCUACGCGGCCACCAGCAAACAGUUCAGAAACCACCUCAAGUUCAUUCUCCUGCAGAUCUUCUGGUGCAAGGCCAUCGCGCCCAAGAGCUCCCCCUCACAGCCGGCGCGACCGCGGUAUCCCUGGAUACAUUCCAAGGCCUAGUGACGUCACUUCCGUGCUAGCUUGAUUCUCAGUGAUUGGUUUGUGACGUUUCA